AUGGGCGACCCCUCUCCGGACGCGCGGGCCCGCCCCUCCAGCCUUCACCCCCUCAGCCCCCCGCCCCCCGCCGUCAUUGGCCGGGGCGGGGCGGGCACCUGCGGCCACGUGGCGGCGGGCGGGGCUGCGCGGGACUGUGCCCGGGACCGUGGCCGCCGGCUGCCAGGAGGGGCCCGGGCCAGGGCCCCCAAGCAGAGCUGCGACCCCAGCCUUCCCUCGCCGCCGCGCCCUGCCCAGCACACGCAGGACGCUGCCCGGAAGCCGGGCGGCACCGAGGGAGGCAGCAUGGCCCAGACGCCUCCCGUGCAGGAACUCUUCCACGAAGCCGCCAGGCAGGAGGCGCUGGCCCAGCCGCGGCCCUGGUGGAGGGUCCCCCUGCUCAUGUGGGAGCCCGUGCUCUUCGGCACCUGGGACGGCGUCUUCACAUCCUGCAUGAUCAACAUUUUCGGGGUCGUCCUCUUCCUGAGGACUGGCUGGCUGGUGGGAAACACAGGCGUGCUCGUGGGCAUGGUCCUGGUGUCUUUCGUCGUCCUGGUGGCCCUCAUCACCGUGCUGUCCGGCAUCGGGGUGGCUGAGCACUGCGGCGUGGGCGGCGGCGGCGUCUACUCCAUGGUCUCGUCCGUGCUGGGUGGCCGCACAGGGGGCACGGUCGGGCUGCUCUACGUGUUCGGGCAGUGUGUUGCAGGCGCCAUGUACAUCACCGGCUUCGCUGAGUCCAUCUCAGACUUGCUGAGCCUCCGCAACAUCUGGGCCGUGCGCGGCAUUUCUCUGGCGGUGCUGCUAGCCCUGCUGGGCAUUAACCUUGCGGGGGUCAAAUGGAUCAUCCGCCUCCAGCUGCUGCUGCUGCUGCUGCUGGCUGUGUCCACGCUGGACUUCGUGGUGGGCUCCUUCACACACCUGGACCCAGGGCAUGGCUUCGUCGGCUACUCCCCGGAGCUGCUGUGGAACAACACCCUGCCCCACUACAGCCCUGGGGAGUCUUUCUUCACUGUCUUUGGCGUGUUCUUCCCUGCAGCCACAGGCGUCAUGGCCGGCUUCAACAUGGCAGGCGACCUCAGGGAGCCUGCGGCCAGCAUCCCCCUGGGCUCCCUCGCAGCUGUCGGCAUCUCGUGGUUUCUGUACAUGGUCUUUGUCUUCCUGCUGGGCGCCAUCUGCACCCGAGAGGCCCUGCGCUAUGACUUCAUGAUCGCUGAGAAGGUAUCCCUGGUGGGCGUCCUGUUCCUCCUGGGCCUUUACAUCUCGUCCCUGGCCUCCUGCAUGGGGGGCCUCUACGGGGCGCCCCGGAUCCUGCAGUGCAUCGCGCAGGAGAAGGUGGUACCUGCUCUGGCCUGCCUGGGCCAAGGGAAAGGCCCGAACAAGACACCUGUCGCUGCCAUCUGCCUGACCAGUGUGGUCACCAUGGCCUUCGUCCUGGUGGGACAAGUGAAUGUGUUGGCCCCCAUUGUCACCAUCAACUUCAUGCUGACUUACGUCGCCGUGGAUUACUCCUACUUCUCCCUGUCCAUGGGUCCCUGCAGCCUUGUGGACAAGGAAGCCGUGGGAGCUGCCCGCACCUCUGAGCACCGGCUCGUGGAGAAGACGGCCCAGUACGGCUCGGGGGGCGUCCCCGGGGGCCUUUCUGCAGGCACCUUGCUGCAAUUCACCAGGGACAUGGACCAGCUCCUGCAGCUGGCCAGGAAGCAGGACAGCUGCCAGUCCAGGCGGGCAGAGAGUGAUGGUUCCCCUGACGGCCAGACGCAGAAGCCCAGAAAAGCCACUGUGCAGAGGCUGCAAGAGAGCUUCCUCCUGGACUUCACAGCCCCCAGAGGUGUGGGGGGACAGCCCCCUGCCUCUCUGGACAGCCAGGAGUUCUACUGGAGUGAGCAGACCUCUGGGCCUGAAGGGGCAGGUGAGGGACAGUGUGUCCCUGGGCCGGGCAGCCCAGCGCCUCUGACUGCCGAUGAUUUUUUCCUGAAGUCCAGGCUCCAGGAGCAUGAUGCCCAGAGGAGACCGAUUUCUCUCUACGCCCGCAUGUGCAACCCCUGGGUCUCCCUGUUGGGAGCUCUUGGGUCCCUUCUCAUCAUGUUUGUGAUCCAGUGGGUCUAUGCCCUGGUUAACAUGGGUGUUGCUUUGAUCUUGUAUUUCUACAUUGGCCAAACUAGUCCUGGACUUCACCUUGGAUCAGCCUCCAACUUCAGCUUUUUCAGAUGGAUGAGAUCGCUUCUGACUCCCUCCUGCAGGAGCUUGCGACCCUCCGCGGAGCAGAUUGUCCUAGCGCCAUCACUGGCGAGGGUCGACCUGGAGAUGCUGCAGCUCACCCAGGAGAACGCAGACUUCGCCGGGCGGGAUCGCUACCACCACUCCUCCCCAGUGAGCCGGGAACAGCUGAUGCCUCGGUACUAG